AUGACGCAAGAAGGCUUCGUCGUUGACUGGUUAUUCAAAAACGCAGUUGAGAGAGGAGAUAAGAUCGCUCACGAGUGUUAUGCGGAUCUUGAUUCGCAGCCAAUAUUACUGACUUGGUAUGAGUUCAACAAGCGUUCAAACCAGUUAGCCAGGUGGCUCGUUGACCGUGGCGUGAAACUAGAGGACAGAGUGAGCUUGUCGCUCCCGCGUUGUCCAGAAUUCUACAUAGCCAUGGCGGCGAUAUUCAAAGCAGGAGGUUGCUACACUAGUAUCGACCCUGAGUUACCAGAAGAGAGAAAAAAGUAUAUUGCGAAAGAUAGCGAGUCGAAGGUAAUAUUCACCACGUCAGAGAAUAUAACAAUUUUCACUGAGGCUGCUGUUGACUCUCAUGACACUGACCUCUGGAAACAAGUGGAUGCUCAGGAUAGCUCUGACAUUAAUCUCGCGAAACUCGAUAGUUUGUCGUACCUCCUCUAUACUAGUGGAACGACUGGUAAUCCAAAGGGAUGUCUCAUUGAACAUAGAGCGCUCUACUGGGCAAUGGUCACGUUCGGAGAUUACCCUAUCCCAAUUAGUGAUCCAGAGAGUGAUAAGCGACUAGCGAUGGCGUCUCUUGCAUUCGAUGUUCAUAUCUCUGAAAUUACUCAAAGUUGGCAUGAGAAAUUGAGAUUGGUGACCGUCCCAAGGGCUCAGUUACUGGGUGAUUUAAGGGAAUAUAUUGUCAAGCUUCAUAUUACCCACUUGGGUAUGGUUCCAUCCAUGAUUGAGGCACUUCUUGAGACGCCUGAGGGUCUCCCAUUGAAGUAUUUGAUCUCGGGUGGUGAAAAAAUAACACAAAACCUGCUCGAAAAAUGGGCAAACAGACCAAACUUGAUAUUGGCAAACUUUUACGGACCAACUGAAUUAACGAUUGGUAUAUCAGCUCGCAAAGUUUUAGCUCAAGAUACAAAAGAAAACGUUGGAAAGGUCUUCCCUUCAUGUGAUGCACUGGUUGUUGACAAAGAAAUGAACAUCGUUCCUUUGGGUACACCAGGUGAACUAGUCGUUGAAGGACCACUUGUCGCAAGAGGAUACCUCAAUUUAGAUCAUUUGACAGCAAAAUCAUUCGUAAAAUUCCCUAAUGCCGACAGCUGGGCUUACAAAACUGGUGAUUUAGUUAGAAUGACACCAGAUAAUUCAAUUGAGAUCAUGGGUAGAAUAGACUCACAAGUCAAAUAUCGUGGUGUUAGACUGGAAACUGAGGGUGUCUCAAAUAUUCUCAGAUUGGCCGCAAACGAAGAUGAGGAACUCCUUGCAACAACCUUGAUCACUCAGCAUCCUUCACUUAAUCAAGAGGUCUUAGUUAGCUUUGUCGCGCCCUCCAACUCAAACAUCAGUGUUAUCGAAAGACGGACGACAUCUCCAACCAUACAAUACAACAGAGGCACCCUUAUUACUAGCCUUAAGAAUGCAGUAGAUAGAGAGCUCCCUGUCUAUAUGCGUCCUGCUUACAUUAUACCAACGAACUUUAUCCCGCUCACUUUAAACGGAAAGUCAGACAACAAAGUUUUGGCACAGGUGUUUAAACUUACGCCAAUGCAAUCAUUAUUAAAAUCACAAUCAAAUUAG